AUGAACUGGACGGCCGUCGAACAUGGGCCCCUGCUGCUGUCUAUCUUGGCAGUAAAAAUGUUAAUUCUCUGCCUUGCAUUUGCUGCUGUAAAAAUCUACCAGAGAAAGACAUUGGAAGUAAAACAGCAAAAGCUGGAGGCUGAGAAGAAGCAGCAAUCCGAGAAGGAAAGCUAAAGCGAAAUACCAGAAUUUGCUUAUGUAAAUGUCAGUCUGAAUGGACUGUGGCUGAGGACAAGAAAAGAAAGACUACGGGUCAGGAAAGAAGCUCUCAACUUUAUUUAUUUAUUUAAAUAUUUUAUUUUUAUUGCAAAGGAGGA